GGAACUCCAGUCCCUGCAGACGAUCUGGUGGAAAUGUUAUGAAGGCAGGUUUUAAGCCAAUAAUCAUACGCGAGCAAGCAUUUCAGUCUAAAAUUAGGUGUGGAUUUAAAGCACACAUUGAAGAGCUGUUGAAUCACCAUCUCUGGAAAAUGGAUCCAGGAUACUUAUUACAUAUCGCUAUUUGAAAUACGUCUCAAUUCAUCUCACUCACUGGCUUUCAUUCUACCAUCAAUAACAUACCAGGCCGACGACGAUUGCUAACUAGCUAGCGGGUAUUCCUAGCCACCUAUCUAACAUACUGGUUUCCCCAUUCUUUUCUCAGAUGUCCACAAUGACCACUAAGGUCCUGCAUGCUCCUCCCACACCUAGCCCUGCCUCUUCGUGAUUGAACAGCUGCUGACUGACCAGAGAGGUGAUAUAUGUCUGUGUGGCCAUGACUUAAAGACGUCAUCAAUCAAAGAUGGAGAAAAAGAAAAUGUGCCCCCGUCUGCUGGACUACCUGGUGGUGGUUGGAGCCAGGCAGCCCAGCACUGAUACCGGGUCCCAGACCCCCCAGCUCCUUCGUCGCUACCCGCUGGAGGACCACCCGGACUUCCCCCUGUCUCCGGAUGUGGUCUUCUUCUGUCAGCCUGAGGGAUGCCAGAGCAUCCGGCAGCGCCGGGUCAGCCUGCGUGAUGACGCCUCCUUCGUCUUCGCACUCACUGAUAAAGACUCGGGCAUCACGCGCUACGGCAUCUGCGUCAACUUCUACCGCUCCUUCCAGCGUGGGGGGCACCGCCGUGACAAGGCAGGUAGUGGUGGAACGGCGGCACAGACAGCGGAAGCGACCAGCGAGGGUUCUGAUGGCAGUGGUGGCUGCCCCACUGCCUCCACGUUGCCGACACCUGCCAGUGCCGACACAACAGCCACGUCCACGCCAGGCACGGAGCCGGGACCGCCCGGUGGUGAGCCAAAUGCCGGCAGGUCCCCUCGGCACAAACGCAGCACUGCCAAAAUGGUUAAUCGGAACCGCGACAGCACGCUGACCUCGCUGUGCAUGAUCAGCCACUACCCCUUCUUCUCCACCUUUAGGGAGUGCCUGUACAUCCUCAAGAGAAUGGUGGACUGCUGCAGCCACAGGUUGACCCAGCGCGCCGGCCUGCCACGCGGAACUCAGAGGGACACCAUGUGGCGCGUGUUCACGGGGGCCCUGUUGGUUGAGGAGAAGGGCAGCCAGCUGCUGGCUGACCUGCGGGAGAUCGAGUCCUGGGUCUACCGCCUCCUGCGCUCUCCGGUGCCCGUGGCGGGCCAACGGCGCGUAGAUGUGGAGGUGCUGCCCCACGAGAUGCAGCCGUCACUCACCUUUGCCCUGCCCGACAACUCUCGCUUCUCCAUGGUGGACUUUCCCCUGCACCUGCCCCUGGAGUUGCUGGGUGUGGAUGCCUGCCUCAUGGUGCUCAGCUGCAUCCUGCUGGAGCACAAGGUGGUCCUCCAGUCGCGGGACUACAAUGCCCUGACCAUGAGUGUCAUGGCGUUUGUAGCCAUGAUCUACCCCCUGGAGUACAUGUUCCCUGUCAUUCCCCUACUGCCUACCUGCAUGGCCUCCGCUGAACAGCUUCUCCUUGCCCCCACCCCUUACAUCAUAGGUGUGCCUGCCAGCUUCUUCCUCUACAAAUCCGAUUUCAAAAUGCCCGACGACAUUUGGCUCGUGGACCUAGACUGUAACAAGGUCAAAGCACCCACCAAUGCAGAGCACCUACCCCCUCUUCCCGAGCCAGAAUCCACAGAACUCAAGAAACACCUGAAACAGGCCCUGGCCAGCAUGAGUCUCAACACCCAACCCAUUCUGAACCUGGAGAAGUUCCAGGAGGGCCAGGAGUUACCCCUGCUCCCCCCCGGCCAGAACAAGGCGUCGCCCUCCUCCACCGAGUUCAACCCCCUCAUCUACGGCAACGACGUGGACUCUGUGGAUGUGGCCACCAGGGUUGCCAUGGUGCGGUUCUUCAACUCCCCCAACGUGCUCCAGGGUUUCCAGAUGCACACACGCACGCUGCGCCUUUUUCCCCGGCCUGUGGUGGCUUUCCAGGCCACGUCCUUCCUGGCCUCUCGGCCCCGCCGCUCAGGCUUCGCUGAGAAGCUGUCGCACACCCAGGCCGUGGAGUACUACGGCGAGUGGGCUCUCAACCCCACCAACCUGGCCUUUCAGAGGAUCCACAACAACGUGUAUGACCCAUCUUUGAUCGGAGACAAGGGCAAGUGGUACGCCCACCAGCUGCAGCCGGUGUUCUACCGCGUGUACGAUGGCAGCUCCCAGCUGGCCGAGGCCAUGAGCGGACCCCUAGAGGAUGAGGCUAAUGACUCGGACCCCACAGACGACAGUGCGGCCGACGGAGACAAAGCAGAAGCAGCGGCAUGCGACAGCGAGGCUGGCUACGACGACUCCAGCUCUUCCUACUCGUCACUUGGAGACUUGGUGAACGAAAUGAUCAAAUGUGACAUCCAAGGGGACACGCCAAACCUGGAUCCCCCUACCCACGCUGCACUGGGAGAUGCCAGCGAAGUGGAGUUCCAGGACUUCCAGGAGUUCAAGGGAGAGGGUCCCCUCCCUCAAGAGAAGGCACUGCCCGAGGGGGGCGAUGGACCUCCUGAACCUCCUGAUGGACAAGCCCUCCGCUCGAGCUCCAGCACAACCGCCAGCUCCAGCCCCAGCACAAUCAUCCAGGGAGUCAACAAUGAGCAGGCAGAACCAGUGGAAAUGGAGGCGUUGGCCAGUGCAGCUCUACAGAACCCUGUCCCGGGAUUGGGCGUUCCGCCCUUCUCCAGACCUCCUCCAGACGCUGCCCCUGUGGGACCAGCCAAUAAGAAGGGAGAGUACGACAACCCCUACUUUGAGCCUCAGUAUGGCUUCCCUGCUGAGGAGGACCCUGAGGCAGAAGACCAAGAGGAGACGUACACGCCACGGUUCAACCAGAACCUCAACGGCAACAAAGCCCAACGCCUCCUGAGGCCCAGCAGCCUAAAGCUGCCUGGAGAGUCGGAUGGAGAGGGCGACUCCCGCAACAGUUCUCCAAAUUCCACCAUCUCCAACAACAGCAGCGAUGGCUUUGGGGGCCUCAUGUCCUUUGCUAGUAAUCUGUACAAGAACCACGGCACCAGCUUCAGCCUCUCCAACCUGUCUGUACCCAAUAAGGGGGGGCUGAGGGAGAAGGCCGCUGGGGCUGGGCCCUUCCCCAAUCUCAAAGGAGGCGCCCGCGGUCCCCCCAGGGCCCUCGUUGACCAGAAGUCGUCGGUCAUUAAGCACAGUCCCACGGUCAAGAGAGAGUCCCCCUCUCCCCAGGGUCGUGCCAACAAUACCAGUGAGAACCAGCAGUUCCUGAAGGAGGUGGUGCAGAGCGUGUUGGAGGGCCAAGGCGUGGGCUGGCUCAACAUGAAGAAGGUGCGCCGCCUGCUGGAGAACGAGCAGUUACGCGUCUUCGUGCUGAGCAAGCUGAACCGGGCCGUCCAGUCAGAGGAGGAUGUCAGGCAGGAGGUCAUCCGUGAUGUGGAAAUUAGCAGGAAGGUGUACAAGGGCAUGUUAGACAUACUGAAGUGCACCGUUUCUAGUCUGGAACACUCGUACACCAAUGCCGGGCUUGGAGGCAUGGCCAGCGUCUUCGUUCUACUGGAAAUAGCACGCACCCACUACCAAACCAAAGUAGACCCAGAGAAGCGCAAGCGGAGCCCCAGUGACUCUGCAAGCAGCCCGGGCAGCAAGGGGAGCCCGUCUCCCCGCAUGGAGGGCACCAAGCCCCCGGGGCUCCUUCUGGUUCCCCGUCUUCAACUGCCACACCCCACCUCCGGGGGCAAAGGCACCCGCCACUUUGACACCCGGAGUCUGAACGAGGAGAAUUUUAUUGCCUCCAUUGAAUUGUGGAGCAGGCACCAUGAAAAGGAUAAGCAAAAAGCUAUGGAAAAACAACAGAGAGCGGAGGGGGCUAAGAAACAGCACCCUGAGCUGACCGACUUGGAGGAGAAGAAGUCCCAGAUCAGUGCUGACAGUGGCCUCAGCAUCACCUCCGGAUCCCAGAAGAGUGACACAGAGUCUGUGACCAGCACUGAACCGCCAGUCCUUACCCGAAGCACCAGCCAGGACUCAGAGGCCAGCACAGUGAUAAGUAACAGCUCAGGGGAGACGCUGGGAGCUGACAGUGACUUGAGUAGCACCGCUGGAGAGGGCUUGGGUGGCAGGCAAGCCCCCCACCUCAACCUUUCCAGGGGAACACUGUCCGACAGCGAGAUUGAGACCAACCCGGCCACCAGCUCAGUGUUUGGUAAGACCCAAAAGAUGAAGCCUGGUGUGAAGGAGGCAAACUCUAAACUUGUGCCUGUCCUGGCUAAGGGGCCUCCCGCCCAGCCCUUGGAGGAUAUAAGCAUGAGGAUUUACCUGUGUGAUGGCCUGCUGGGGCGCGACAAGAGCUCCAUGUGGGACCAGCUGGAGGAUGCUGCCAUGGAAACCUUCUCUCUGAGUAAGGAGCGCUCUACACUGUGGGACCAGGUCCAGUUCUGGGAGGAUGCUUACUUGGAUGCUGUCAUGUUGGAGAGGGAGGGGAUGGGUAUGGACCAGGGACCUCAAGAGAUGAUUGACAGAUACUUGUCACUCGGGGACCAUGACCGUAAGCGCCUGGAGGACGACGAGGACAGGCUGCUAGCUACUCUACUGCACAAUAUGAUCGCCUACAUGCUAAUGGUUAAGGUGAGCAAGAAUGACAUCAGGAAGAAGGUGAGGCGUCUGAUGGGGAAGUCUCACAUCGGCCUCAGCCACAGCCAGGAGAUCAAUGAGUGUCUGGACAAACUGGCUAAUUUGAAUGGCCGCGAGCUGUCCAUCAGACCUAGCGGAAGCCGUCACAUCAAGAAGCAGACCUUUGUGGUGCAUGCUGGGACAGACACCACGGGGGACAUCUUCUUCAUGGAGGUGUGUGACGACUGCAUAGUCCUGCGCAGCAACAUCGGCACAGUGUAUGAGCGCUGGUGGUACGAGAAACUCAUUAACAUGACCUACUGCCCCAAGACCAAGGUGCUGUGUCUGUGGAGACGCAAUGGCCAGGAAACUCAACUCAACAAGUUCUACACCAAGAAGUGUCGUGAAUUGUAUUACUGUGUGAAGGACAGCAUGGAAAGGGCUGCUGCACGACAGCAGAGCAUUAAACCAGGUCCAGAGCUGGGUGGAGAGUUCCCUGUGCAGGACAUGAAGACGGGCGAGGGAGGACUGCUGCAAGUCACCCUGGAAGGCAUCAACCUCAAAUUCAUGCACAGCCAGGUUUUCAUAGAGCUGAAUCACAUUAAAAAGUGCAAUACUGUGAAGGGAGUCUUUGUCCUGGAGGAAUUUGUUCCUGAAACUAAAGAAGUGGUGAUCCACAAGUACAAGACACCCAUGGCACACCAGAUCUGUUACUCCGUCCUCUGCCUUUUCUCCUACGUGGCUGCGGUGAAGGGGAAGGAAGCAGAAGGCAAGUCCAAGCUCCUAUCUCCAAGACCCCUGCCCAGCUAGUCUACGACCCAUCCAAUCUACCCCCCCCUCCCACACACACACACACAAAACCCCCUGUGCCUCUCACUCUGCAACAAAGUGGAAUCUCGGUCCCACUAUGCCAUUGAGUUCUGACAAUCCUUGACCUACUUAAGCACACACCUCUACUCCUCUUUGCACCCUGUACAUCUCCAAGAAAUACCCUCUACUCUUUGUGCAUGGCCCUGUAAGUAAAAUCCCGUGUGUGUGUGUGUGUGUGUACAUAAACUAAGCAAAAAAAGAAACGUCCUCUCACUGUCAACUACGUUUAUUUUCAGCAAACUUAACGUGUAAAUAUUUGUAUGAACUUAACAAGAUUCAUCAACUGAGACAUAAACUGAACAAGUUCCACAGACAUUUGAAUAACAGAAGUGGAAGUGUCCCUGCACAAAGGGGGGGUCAAAAUCAAAAUUAACAGUCAGUUCCUUGUGUGGUCCACAGCUGCAUUAAGUACUGCAGUGCAUUUCCUCCUCAUGGACUGAGCCAGAUUUGCCAGUUCUUGCUGUGAGAUGUUACCCCACUCUUCCACCAAGGCACCUGCAAGUUCCCGGACAUUUCUAGGGGGAAUGGCCCUAGCCCUCACCCUCCGAUCCAAACAGGUCCUAGACGUGCUCAAUGGGAUUGAGAUCCUGGCUCUUCGCUGGCUUUGGCAGAACACCGACAUUCCUGUCUUGCAGGAAAUCACGCACAGAAUGAGCAGUAUGGCUGGUGGCAUUGUCAUGCUGGAGGCUCCUGUCAGGAUGAGCCUGCCGGAAGGGGGUACCACAUGAGGGAGAAGGAUGUCUUCCCUGUAACGCACAGCGUUGAGAUUGCCUGCAAUGACAACCAGCUCAGUCCGAUGAUGCUGUAACACACCGCCCCAGACCAUGACGGACCCUCCACCUCCAAAUCGAUCCUGCUCCAGAGUACAGGCCUCGGUGUAACGCUCAAUCCUUCAACGAUAAAUGCGAAUCCGUCCAUCACCCCUGGUGAGACAAAACCGCGACUCGUCAGUGAAGAGCACUUUUUGCCAGUCCUGUCUGGUCCAGCGACAAUGGGUUUGUGCCCAUAGGUGACGUUGUUGCCGGUGAUGUGUGGUGAGGACCUGCCUUACAACAGGCCUCCAGCCUAUUGCGGACAGUCUGAGCACUGAUGGAGGGAUUGUGCGUUCCUGGUGUACCUCGGGCAGUUGUUGCCAUGCUGUACCUGUCCCGCAGGUGUGAUGUUCAGAUGUACCGAUCCUGUGUAGGUGUUAUUACACGUGGUCUGCCACUGCAAGGACGAUCAGCUGUGUGUCUUCACUCCCUGUAGCGCUGUCUUAGGCGUCUCACAGUACAGACAUUGCAAUUUAUUGCUCUGGCCACAUCUGCAGUCCUCAUGCCUCCUUGCAGCAUGCCUAAGGCACAUUCACUCAGAUAAGCAGAGACCCUGGGCAUCUUUCUUUUGGUGUUUUUCAGAGUCCGUAGAAAGGCCUCUUUCGUGUCCUAAGUUUUCAUAACUGUGACCUUAAUUGCCCACCCUCUGUAAGCUGUUAGUGUCUUAACGACCGUUCCACAUUUGCAUGUUCAUUGUUUAUGGUUCAUUGAACAAGCAUGGGAAACAGUAUUAAACUCUUUACAAUGAAGAUCUGUGAAGUUAUUUGGAUUUUUACAAAUUAUCUUUGAAAGACAGGGUCCUGAAAAAGUUUCUCUUUUUGCUGAGUUUAUAUAUGCAUGUAUGUAUGUAUAUGUGAACCCUGGUCUGUGGCAUCAUGCGUAAAAUUUCCCAACCCAGGUCACGUCCUCUAGACUCCUCCCAUACAGGCCCAGCCUGAGGCCUUGGCUGUAAACGUGCUUGUUCUUCAAGGGGAGACUUGGUCCGUCCGUCCCCCAUCUUUGUCCCCUCUUUGUGACUGUCCUCUCGUCCUGGCCUGCUGCCAAGGUCUCAUUGGUUGAUUUUUAAUGGGAUGGAGACGGCGAGGGGGAGGGAUAUGUGAGGCACAGCCCUGCAAGUCGAUAUGAAAGCAACCAAACCUCCCUGUCCACUCUGCGACCGUGUGAUGAAUAUUCUAUGUGCUACGUGGUAUUACUGUAAAACUCCAGUCUGUCCCAAGUCCAAACCAGUGAAAUGUUUAAAAAGCACUCUAGUACUGAUGGGUGUCACUUUGUUAAAUACUACUACUGUUAAAUACUACUACUGUAUGGUGCAUCAAACACUGCAUGUAAAAGCUUUUUAAAGGUUUCGUUCCUUUUGAUCACAAAAUAUAUUGUGUGGUCCAAGAUGCGCGUAUCUCUUUAGCUUGCCCGGUGAGGCUAAACUACUGUAGUUCUACUGUCAAAUUUCUUGUCUGUGGUCCUCUUUAUUGAAUUGCAUGUUACUAUGGAGAAAAAAAUAUUUGAAGAGAAGCAAAAUGCUGUACAUUUCACCAUAAAAUGUUUUACAAUGUGUGGUUUAUUCACUAGAUGUGCAAUACUUUACAUAGUUAGCCAGAGCCAGAUCAUUGUUCUGAUAAAACAUCUCAGCUAUUCUGGCUUUCAAAGUGCAAAGAAUGUAAAAAAAAAAUAUUUAAAAAAGGACUUCCUUGUCUUACAUAUUUAUUGAAGUGAAUAAAUGAUGACCUCUUGUUUAUAAGUGCAAAAUCACUAUUUGGAGAUUCUAGACCUACUGCUGCGCUAUCAAGCCCUGCUGUUAUGGUUUUGUCCGUUAAGUCUUCAUGUUGUGUCAGUACUGUGGUAAGAGAAAUAAAUACAUUCUAGCCCCAUUUCAGCCCAACUGUAAAUCCCACAGUUUGAGUGUGUACAUGCAGUGUAUUGUUUUUCCAGAUCAGCAAUAUAUGAAUAAUACAGCUAUAUGAUCAGGAUAUUGUUUUUAAUGUUUAAGUGGCUUUUAUUUUUUAGAGAGGAAAUGCUUGUGUAAGGAACAUAGUUACAAAUUCCAUGAGGCAAUUAUUUAAGGCAUUUCAUUAUUGACAAUAAAAACACUGGUGUAAAUAUGAGGGUCUCAAGAGUUAAGACUAGGUAUAGUUUCUUAGACUAGUUACAUAUGAGAACCUUAAGAAACGGGAGUAUUUGAAACCAACCAACCCUAUUAUUGUGGUAGCUAGCCUGCUGCUGUGGUGAAAGUGAUGGAAUAAUUGAAAUGGGUGUGAAAAAAAGUAUUUAUAGAACAUGUACAGCUUUGGCAAUAUCAAAAUAAAAGUUGUCAAAACUAAAGCCCUC